CUUCUAGGCGCCAUAACAAAUUUCGCGGGACUUAAGAAGUAACGAUAAAACUUUGAGUUUAAGAUCACAGCCAUUACGAAGUGUCGUCUAGAUAUAAAAUUAAGAUGUUUGUUCAAAAAAGAGGUAGUUCAAAUGAUUAAACAAUUGUUUUGUAUACAAUGUACUUCUUUUUUAUUUGAUCGUUAAAUUUAGUCACAAUUUGUAAUAAAUUAGACAAAGGAAAAGGCCAGACCUGUUUUGUUCUGCAGAGUACAUUUCAUUUUUGGGACAAAAUAUUAUUUGUUGUGAAGUUUAGGCUACACCAAAAUAAGCCUAAAGUGUCCCCGUCCCUAACUUUACUUAACCAACUUAUUAUAAACUCUGUAUUAUUUUCUAAUAAUGUCUUUUCAGUAGGGUACAGUACCUAAGCACUGAGCUGAGCUAACUUCUUGCCCCAUCUUAUGGGGCAUGUCUAUAAAUUAUAUAAUAAAAGCCAAACUUAACUCUAAGAGAUAAAAAAAAAUGGGGACGCCUGCCACUUUUUUAUCGAAUUUCACGAAUAUAUCCCUAAAUCGAUCCCUAUGCCUAACCUGAACCCUAAAUCGAUCCCUAUGCCUAACCUGAACCCUAAAUCGAUCCCUAUGCCUAACCUGAACCCUAAAUCGAUCCCUAUGCCUAACCUGAACCCUAAAUCGAUCCCUAUGCCUAACCUGAACCCUAAAUCGAUCCCUAUGCCUAACCUGAACCCUAAAUCGAUCCCUAUGCCUAACCUGAACCCUAAAUCGAUCCCUAUGCCUAACCUGAACCCUAAAUCAAUCCCUCAACCUAACCUAAACCCUAAUUCAAUGCAACUAUAUAAACACGCAAAUGAUGUCAUGGGGAGAACAUUAAGAAUCAGCCGAUUUGUUAAAUUUGGGUUGCUACUUAUUUAUUUAAAAGAAGGAAAACUCUAAAGUCCAACCGAGAGAUGGGGUCCCGUAGGUGGUAUGACAUAAUGAAAAUUCUGGCAACGCCUGGCCCUGCGAUAACUACUGGCGCCAAGCUGUAAUAUUAGUAAUAUCCACACAAGAUGUUCCCUUGAGUUAUUCAUGCUUGGACAGAGUUGAUUUGCUGUAUAGAAACCAGCUUAUCGUCCUAAAAGAAAAAUCCCAGGCCUUGUGAUUUCAUCUUAAGAAGUUUACACCAUCAUCACAUUGUGACAGACAGAUGCCAGAAGAAAGAAAAAUGCAGUAGACCUAUAAAUGAGAAUGAUUAGUGUCUUUUGUAACUUCCAUAGCUCAGACCUGUUUACUCUUACGAUUUUGGCGUACAAUGUACGAUUUUUAGGUGUAUAGGUUGUAUAUACUGUUUAUUUUUUUACUAUAAAUAUAACGUAUUGAACGAUUUUGUGAUGAUAUUAUACGCUUUUAAGAGUUUGAGGGUAAACAGCUCUGAUAGCUUUUAAUGUUCAGUGACUAUUUGCUUUUUAUUGACACUGCCCUAGUGGGUUAGGGACCAUCCAUAAAAGGCAUGCAUCUGGCGGGGGGGGGGCAUGAAUAUCUCCCAAGUUUCCAAUUUGUGAAGCCUGGUGGGGUGUGGAAAAAAAAAAAUUUGCCUAAAUACGUCAUAAUGUAUGGAUGGUCCCUUACUUCAAUGCUAUUUCCCAUCCCCACGAAACUUUAAAAGAAUAAAACAGCUAAUUUGCAUUGUACAUUUUUUACAUUAUUUCCAUAACUUUCUUUAUUUCCAGGCGGUCGUCGUGAAGAUGUCCAUUUUGAUAAGAUAACAUCAAGGAUUCAGAAGCUUUGUUAUGGAUUACACAAAGAUUUUGUUGAUCCAGUGAGCUCAUAUUUAUUUGUAUUAAGUUAAUCUUACAUUUUAUUAUUUGCUUCAUAAUUUAUUUUCCUAUUAGAAAAUAUCAAACUUUGCUCAAUUAUCAGAGCUUAACUUAUCAGCUUUUCUUUGCUUUCUCCAGGCAGCUAUUACUUUGAAAGUCAUCAAUGGAUUGUAUCCUGGUGUUACCACCGUUGAGCUGGACAAUUUGGCUGCUGAAACAGCAGCUACUAUGACAACAAAACAUCCGGAUUAUGCUAUUCUUGCAGCUCGCAUUGCUGUUUCCAACUUGCAUAAAGAAAGCAAAAAGAUUUUUAGUGGUAAAUGGUUUAAAUAUUUUUGCAUUGAAGAUCAAAAUAAUACAUUUUAGUGUUUAAAGGCUAGAGAUUGUUGUUUUAAAAUUUGAUGUCAGCUAUUGUUCAGACAUUUCUAUUUUUUAACAAGUAUUUCCAAUUUAUUUUUCUUAUGUUUUGUUAGUUCUGAGAAAGCUUUUAUGAUUAAAAAUUUAUUAUUUUUUUAAUUUAUAAAACACUAAAGAUUUACAUUAAAUUGCUACCUUAAGGCUGUUAUUGAAUCCCAUCUGUAGUAUAUUGUAAUGCUUUUAUGUCACAUUCUGAUUGCCUUUAACAGAUGCCAUGUCAGAUUUGUACAACUGGGUGAACCCAAAGACAGGAAAACAUUCACCAAUGAUAGCUGAAGAGAUAUACAAUAUCAUUUUGGCAAAUGCAGAUGUAAGUAUCUCUUUUUUGUAUGAUCUUUAAAUUAUAAACAAUCAUACUUUCUGGUGGAUUAAUAAGACACAUACUAUACUGUCUGAUAGUAUGGUACUGAUUAAUGGAUUGUUAAAACAAAAAUUGGAUUUUAAAUUUUUUGUUUUGAAAAAUGGUAUCUUUUGUUUCUUUUAUAAAACGAUUAUGAAAUUUAAUUAUUUUAUCAUUUUGAAGUGAAAGUUUUUUUUUUUUUUUUUUUUUUUUAAAAAAUUCUUUUAUAUUUUUUUUUUUUUUUUAAUUUUUUGUUUUUAAAAAUUUUUUCUUUUUUUUUUUUUAUAAAACUAUUAUUAAAUUUAAUUAUUUUAUUAUUUUUAAGUGAAAGUUUUUUUUUUUUUUUUUAUUAUCAAAAAAUUCUUUGAUAUAUUUUUUUUUGUCUCCUAAAGUUGAUGAAGUGCAAUUAUCGUUAAGUAAAAUCAGGCUUGCAGACACAUAGACCCAAGUAAAUUUACCACGCAAAUUUUUUUAGGAAUGACCAAGUAUUUUUCGAACAGAUAAAAAUUCAUCCAGCACAGCGUAUAAAUUCAGUCUGUGAAGCAAUUGUUUUAGUUACUGCAGAAAGCCAUUUAACAAAAUCUGUUAAUUUAAGAUUUAUUAAUCUGAUCAUUAGUUUUGCCAAAUCAAAAUAUUAUUAUCCCCAAAACUGAUUGAAUGACAUUUUGUAUUUGAAAAAAAAAAAAUUUUAUGCUUGAUUAUAAAUAUCAAUUUGCAUUAAGUUUUAAUGCAAAUUUUAAUAAUCUAUACUUGUAGAAAUUGAAUUCAGCCAUCAUCUAUGAUCGUGAUUAUUCUUAUAAUUACUUUGGAUUCAAGGUGAGCUUAAGACAAGACAGUUGUAUAGGUUAAUCAUAAAUUGAAAUGUCCAGGAAAUUAUAAUUAGUUUGCUAUUGCAAGUAAACUUAAGGGGUAAAAAAAUCAAAUACUAGUCUUAAAGUUCCUAUAUAACUUAAUUUAAAAAAUUUAACCUAAAUCGCUGCUGAAAUAAGAAAUUAUUUUUUUAUGUUUUAUGCAUGCCUUCAUGUUACCCUUUUACACUUUCAUUCAUAUAUGUAAUUUUCUUUCAGACAUUGGAGCGAUCUUAUCUGUUGAAAAUAAAUGGAAAAGGUUAGCAUUGUUUUUUUUUCAUGUUAAUUUUAUUUAUGGUUUGAAAUUGAUUACUCAAGGUUAGAAUGAUAUUUAACUUUUAAAACAAUUUUCCAGUGGCUGAGCGUCCACAACAGAUGUUAAUGAGAGUAGCAGUAGGAAUUCACAAAGAGGAUAUUGAUGCAGCUAUUGAGGUCUGUAGUAUAAGGAUGCUUCAAUUUUCUUAUAAAUUUUUAUUGUUUAUUUGAGGAAGAUAAUGUUCACCUGAGUAAACCAAGCAGACGUCUAUAAUAAAAAUUCCUGAGUGGAUCUUACUUUUCCCCCCUGCUCUCAUCCCAAUCACUGCUUCCACUGAUUCAUUACCCGUUGUUAUUUUUUGUAAAAACCACUCUUACAUAGUCAAUACAAAGAAGCAUUGGUGGAUAUAUGGAGUAUGAAUCUGGAAUUAUUAUUAUAGAUUAUGCACCUCUUCCUGUAUUUUACAUGCGCAAUGUGGUUGCUUUGCCCCCGCUAUUACAAGUUUGUUUUUUUUUUUUUUUUUUUUUUAUUUUUCUUUUUUUUUAAGUCGACUCUAUCACAGUAGAUAACUUAAUUCCACUCAAUUUUGUUUCAAUAAUAUUUUUGGAUCAUGCUUAUUUUGCGAGAUAGUCCGGUUCAAAUAUUUUUUUCUGUCUAUAAAAUGUGGUCAUUUUCAUAUUUUGUCUUGUUUAAUUAAUGGAAUUUCUGCAGUAUACUUGGCAAAACAAAACAAAAAAAAGUCAGUUUGAUAAGUUUUUACAAAAAUGUGACUUAAGUACUUUUAGCACUAGGGUCUUCAAUUAUCUUAUUAUUUUUAUGUAAAAAAUAUCAUUCAAUAUAAAUUUUGCCUUUUGUCCCUCAGACCUACAAUCUUCUGUCAGAAAGAUGGUUCACUCAUGCAUCACCCACUUUGUUUAAUGCAGGGACCAAUAAACCACAACUUUCCAGGUAUAAUUAUUUUUCUUUUCUUUUUUUAACAAAACAUUACUACCCUAAAUUUUUAGGAUUGGUCAUAAAAAGAAAUGGAUUUACUGUAUAAGAGGAAGUACUUCUCAAUUGGUUGUUUUCCUCAUAUAUUUCUUUCCACUAAUUUUAUGAAAACUUCAUUAAAUAUCCAUUUUCUUUCUUUUCUUUACAAAUAUUAUUUAUUCAUUAUUAUUUAUUUUUUAAAAAUUAAAUUAAAAAGAAAUGUAUCUAAUAUUGGGUGCUAAGUUGUUAAAAUUUAAUGUAUUCAGCUGUAUUAUUAUUGUGAUUAGUUAUAAAUAACUUGUUCCCAUUAAUUUGGUCAAAUCAGUUAACGCUGAAUGUUCUCUGCUUAAGAAAUAUUAAACGUUUUGUCACUCGCUUCUUUUAUAUAUAUUUUCAAAAUUACAGCUGUUUUCUGUUGACAAUGGAUUCUGACAGCAUUGAAGGUAUAUAUGACACAUUGAAAACAUGUGCCCUGAUCUCCAAGAGUGCUGGGGGCAUUGGGCUCAAUGUUCACUGCAUCAGAGCCACUGGAAGCUACAUAGCAGGAGUGUGUAUUUUUUUUAUUAUUAUUAUCAGCCUAAUAUAAUUUUUGUUAAACGUUAAUAUUAACAUAGUAAAUUAUUGUCACUUUCACUACAACUAACGUUUCAAUAUCCAUUCUUUGUACCUGAAUAUCAGACUGUGAAAUAAGAAGGGGCAAAGACAAUAUGCAAUUAUUAUUAUUUUUCGUAUGGAUUUGCUACCUGAAUUUUUAUUUUUAAGAACUUAAAAAUUGCAAUGUAUUUUUGUUAAACCUCGUAUUCAAUAACAGACAAAUGGCACUUCUAAUGGUCUCAUUCCUAUGUUACGAGUGUACAACAACACAGCAAGAUAUGUAGAUCAGGGUGGAAACAAGGUACCUUAUUCAUUUUGCAUUAGGCACCAUUUUACUUAUUUCAGUUCUUGAGGUCUUUGUUUAAUAUUUUAAAAAAUAUCUUUUUGAAGAUGAUAAUAAGAAUAACAUCAUAUAAAUAUUCAUAAUAGUUAGAAGUUCAAAAUCCUUUUUAAUUAUAUGAAUGCUUAAUGUACCAUAUAUAAUAUACCAGACCUGUUUACUCUUACGAUUUCAGUAUGCAAUGUACGAUUUUGAAGUGAAUACAUUAUAAAUACUGUAUGUUUAUUUUUUUACUAUUAAGAUAAUGUAUUGAAUGAUUUUAUGAUGAUAUUGUACGAUUUUAAGAGUAUGAGGGUAAACAGGUCUGAUAUACUGGAGCCAUUCACAGAUAUCCAAGAAUUACCAGUUUCUUUUAUCAAAAAUUAUAAUGAAGUUUUUGGAAGCUGUGAAAUAUUAAUUUCACAAAAAUGAGAUUUUUUUUUUUUUUCUCUUAUCCUUUUCUUUACAGAGGCCAGGUGCUUUUGCAAUCUAUCUAGAGCCAUGGCAUGCAGAUAUCUUUGACUUUCUGGACCUGAAGAAAAAUACAGGGAAAGAAGAGCAAAGGGCAAGAGAUCUUUUCUAUGCCCUCUGGAUUCCUGAUCUCUUUAUGCGCCGUGUAGAGCAGAAUGGUGACUGGACUCUGAUGUGUCCCAAUGAAUGUCCAGGACUUGCAGAUGUUUGGGGUGAAGAGUUUGAUAAGCUUUAUGAGAAGUAAGUUAAAAGGAGUUCAGGGUAUUUCAAAUCGAGCAAAUUUUUUUUGUAAUAUUACUUCCUGUUGAUCAAAGCAUGGCACCAACAUUAAUAGAUUAGCCACAAAGAAAAUAAUUUUCAGCCUCAUAAAAAUGAAGCAUUAAGUGCAAUUUUAACAAAUCAAUCCUAUUUUACAUAAGGGCAGGGUCCAAAUUUUAUUUCAUUUUGUAAUGAAAAAUGGUAGAUUAAGAUUUUUAUUUGUAUGAUAAUCGCGUGCUACUAAUUGAGUAUUCAUGCUAUAUUAAUUUAUAUUUUUUUCAUAAAAUGUAUUCUAAACCCAACUUUUAUUAGAAAUUGUACUUGAGAAUUUUCAAGUUGUUUGCACAGAAGAGGGGAAGACAGUAUUAAUAUUCUGGGAAUUUGACCCACAUCUGAUGUUAGAAAUACCAUAACCAUAGUUAAUCUCCCUUUACUUACAUUAUAACUUUCUUAUUCUGCUACAUAGGUAUGAAAGUCAAGGAAAAGGAAGGAAAGUAAUUAAGGCCCAAAAGUUGUGGUAUACAAUUAUUGAGUCUCAAACAGAGACUGGAACCCCUUACAUGCUUUACAAAGACAGUUGCAACCGCAAAUCCAACCAGCAAAAUCUUGGUACCAUUAAGUGCAGUAAUCUGUGCACAGAAAUUGUUGAGUACAGUGCUCCUGAUGAGGUACACUUGUUAUUUUAUUUUUUUUGCGAUUGGCCACUUAAAGACUUGUUUUGCUUAUAUCUGGUAUCAUGUUUGCUUAAUAAUCAGUUAUAAUUAGCUUUUUACAUUAAUUAUACUUUCCUUCCCAAGUAAAGUUUAACUAUAACUUACCUUAUAUAUUUUUACUAUUAUUUUCUAUGUUUCAAAAUAUUUAUUUCAUUUUUAGGUUGCUGUUUGCAACUUGGCCUCACUUGCUCUCAACAUGUAUGUGAAACCAGAUAAGACAUUUGACUUUGAACGGCUGCAGUAUGUAACAAAAGUAGCAGUUCGAAAUCUAAACAAAAUCAUUGAUAUAAACUACUACCCAGUUCCAGAGGUAAAUAAAUCUUAAUGAUUUUUUUUUUUUAUUAGCACUCGCUCUUUCCUAACCUGCUUAAGGGCCAACUGCUAAAAACUAUAAAAUCAUAUUAUUUAUUAAAAUUUCUCACCACAAACCCCUGUACAAAAAGUAUGUAAAAUAUAGCAAUUAAGGCCUCAACCUCUUUGAAAUGCAUUUAGCUUAUUAAUGCUAUUUUUCAGGCUGAACGUUCCAAUCGUCGCCAUCGCCCUAUUGGGCUGGGAGUUCAGGGCCUUGCAGAUGCAUUUAUAUUGAUGCGAUACCCAUUCGACAGUCCUGAAGCCAAACAAUUGAAUAAAGAGAUUUUUGAAACCAUGUACUUUGCCGCACUUGAUGCCAGCUGUGAAUUGGCUGAGAGAGAUGGGCCCUAUGAAACUUAUGAAGGCUGUCCUGUUUCUAAAGGAAUUCUUCAGCAUGAUAUGUGGGGUGUUAAACCUGUAAGUGGUGAACUAGCUAAAUACAAUACAUUUCUGCACUAUUCACUACUAAGGUAAAGUCAUAUUUGUUUUUUGUUUUUUUAUUUAUAUAAUCUUGUAUUUUAACAGACAACAAAUUUAGAUUGGGAUGGUCUUAGACAACGCAUUGCAAAGUUUGGCAUUAGAAACAGUCUCCUCAUGGCUCCUAUGCCGACAGCAUCCACUGCUCAAAUUCUUGGCAACAACGAAUCAAUUGAAGCAUACACAAGCAAUAUUUACACUAGAAGAGUGCUUUCUGGUGAAUUUCAAAUUGUAAACCAUCAUCUCCUUAAAGGUAAGCAUCAUAAUGCUUGAGUUUGACGGCGCCUCACACAUUUUACUCCAAAAUAUUAUCCAUUUUGUAAAUUAAUUUUUUAAUAAGUUCUUCUAUUUAUUGGUCACAUGAUUCAGAAUUCCUCAAAAAACAUGAUAUUUUCUUGGCAAUCUUAAUCAUUGAGUUUAUUAUUUUCAGAUCUAACAGACAGAGGGUUAUGGAAUGAAGAUAUCAAGAAUCAACUUAUUGCAGCUGGAGGUUCUAUCCAAUCCAUUUCCACAUUUCCAGAUGAUCUCAAAGCACUUUAUAAAACUGUUUGGGAAAUAAAACAAAAGGUAUUCACUUUUUUUUUGUAUUUAACCCUUUUUUCUUAAGCCUACAGUCCGAUGCGGCCAAACCCGCCCGUUUCGAGGUUGUUUACUUUCGUUCUUAGCACAGCGGAAAUCCAUUGCGCAUUACUAUUUAUAGUUCUACCGGAAGAAAGCCUCAUUGUCUACAUUUGUUUUGAUACUAGUUUGACCACCGUGUGUUUAGGGGCUGAUUUUCUACAAUUUUUUUUAAAGUUGCAAUUUUUUUGCGCAGUAAAUAAUGGCUUUCCAAGCAUUUGGAUACAAUUUUGAAAGAACUUAGGCCUAAUGAAGAUUCACUAUUUCAUAAAUCUAGCAGUGAUAGUGAAGAAUCUGAUAGACACAUUAAUUUAAAUGAUGCUACUAGUAAUAGUGAUUCAAGCGUAGAAUAUUAUAGUAAUAUUAGAGACCUCGAUGAUAACGGACCUAUCAAUUCCACUCCAACUGAUCAGCAAGAUCAUGAGUGGUCUGGGAAUUUUUCUCAAAUCAAGGUGGGAGGGUUCCCAAAACUAUUUUUUGGUGCAACUUUUGCUUUAAUCAUUUCUUUGUAUUUAGGUAUUUUUUAUUUUCUUGCUUAUAGUUUAUUUAUAAUAAAUUAAUUAGAUAAAGAACCUUCAUUUAAAAUGGAGUUGUGUCCCUUUGCUUGGUCGCUAGGAGGGGACAAGGCUGAAUAGGGUUGGACUGUAAAGGGUUAAUGUGUCCAUAUUAAGGUUUUAAUUUAUUUAUUUAGAUCUUUUUUAUUUAAGGUCUGAUCACAAUAGUCAAUUAUACGCAUAUUACACAUUGAUACUGAAUUAAUAAGAAAUUAAAAAUGUGGAUUUAUUGAAACGCAUUGAAGUAAGUAAUGUUAUCUAAUUUAUUCUAAUGUCUGAAUGUUACUUUCUCAGGUUGUUUUGGAAAUGGCAGCCGACAGAGGUGCAUUUAUUGAUCAGAGCCAGUCCUUGAAUAUUCACAUUGCAGAGCCAAAUUACGGGAAGCUGUCCAGUAUGCACUUCUAUGCUUGGAAACUGGUGGGCAUUUUUAUUCUCUUGUUCACUAUAUUUAGUUAAGUUUCCAAAUGAAAAUCUGAUACUAACCGAGACGUACCAAUUUUACUUUUAGGGAUGAAAUACUCUCCCUGCCCUUUAACUCAUUCCCGACGUUUGCGACUAAAUGCGUCCCGGCGCAUAGCGACACACCUCUCUCAUAUCUAUUUAAAAAUAGCAAUGAAAUCUCGCAUCCCUCGAGACUUCCGGUGAUGCCGUAGUUCAGCGUGAUUUUAAUUUAAAAACCGGAAGUUUUUAUCUUGUUUCACUUUAAAACUACGUGUGCUUUAGUAUGACGCGUCUUUGAGUAGCAUGUGUACCUCCAAGGUGCCGAAAAUCGAUUUUUUUGGCCUUUGUUAGUUAUUUUUUCCCCGCUAAUGUUAUAUUUAUAUUAAACCUUAUUCAUUUUCUGUUGCAUUUGUUCUUAAUUCGUUAACAUUAAGUAAUAUUUAGCAGCUUAAAUAAAUAUUUUACAAAUGUAAAUCAAUUGCAAGACGGAGUUACUUCCCUUUCUCAGGCAAAUAAAUUAAAAAGGGACGUAGCAUUGCAGGAGGGAAUGAGUUAAACAUGCACUAUUUUUAAAUAUUAAAAAAAAAAAAAAAAAGGCAAAUCUUUAUGAUAGUAAACUUUUAAUAAAAAGAUAUUCAGUGAUAUGAUGGUACUGUUACUAGUAGUAUAAUAUGAGAUGCAUCAUUAUUAAACAUGUAUUAUUUUUAAAAAUUAAAAAAAAAAAAAAAAAGGCAAAUCUUUAUGAUAGUAAACUUUUAAUAAAAAGAUAUUCAGUGAUAUGAUGGUACUGUUACUAGUAGUAUAAUAUGAGAUGCAUCAUUCAGAUCUAGCUGUACCGGUAGUUAGUCGUAUAAUAUGAGGAACAUCAUUCAGGUCAGUUGCAAUAUCAUCACUUUUUUAAGUUAGGAUUUUUUUUUUAAGUGUCUUGUUUGGACUUUCGGUUUUUGCAUGUUUUAGUGACGCAUCUCUCCAUUUUUUCAGGGCUUGAAGACAGGCAUGUACUAUCUGCGCACAAAGCCAGCAGCACAGGCUAUUCAGUUUACAGUUGAUAAAACUCGUUUAUCAUUAACAAACAAAGCCAACAGUAUCCUUACUCCUAGCUCUGACAAACAGGAAAACAUCCCUGAACACAAUAAAGUAGAAAUCUUGAAUGGAGAAAAUGAAGACAAAGAAAAUAAAAGGAACCAAAACAUGGCAGCACUUGCAUGCUCCUUAAAGAAUCGAGAGGAUUGCCUAAUGUGUGGCUCAUAGAUGGAUUGCAUUUCUCAAUUGUUGUAUUUUUUAUGUGAUCUUUGUUUUUACUUAUCUUUAUUUCGUUUAUUAUUAAUGGUUAUUUAUAAAUGUUGUGAACAACUAGCCUGGACUGAUUUGCAUAUCUAGGUCCUGAAAAAUGAAUGAGAUUUGUAUGUCUCUGAGCAACUAUUGGUAUUAAUUACUGUAAAAAAUCGUAUUAUUUUAUUGUUACUUUAAUUGUUCCUUAUAUAUAAUAAAGUUCAACAUUGUUCCUUAUAUAUAAUAAAGUUCAACUUAAGAUUCUAUUAUUUUAUACAUUUCACCAAGGUAUUUUUUAAAUUAUUUUCUGCCAUCAUUAGCAUUUACCGUAUUUCAUCUGUUUGUGUACAAAAUGCUAAUAUUUUUAUUCUACAUAUAAGAGCAUCAUUCCAAACACUAACAUAUUUUGAUAGUUUAUUUUCCAGACAAAAAAACUAGCCAAUGAAUGAUAGUUUUUACUGUGUUCCCACUCACAUGAUUAUUAAACUACACAGGUUCAGACACACACCACAGAUUUAUAUUCACUUUAAAUUUUGCAUAAAUGAUUUUCAUGUGAAUGUGUAAUUUUAUGAAUUUACCAUAUUACUUUGUCAGUUUGUAUCUCUUUAUAAUUUAUAUGUUAUAUCUAUAGGCCUUCCUAUGUGUUCAGCCACAGAGGCAAUAUUUUGAAUCUUAUAUUGUCUUAGUGACCUUUAUUAAUUAUUAAAAGAAUGACUUCUUAACUAUAUAAAAAAGUGAUCUUUCCAUUUCU